AUGUAUUGCUACACGAGUCUUGUGCUGGUCAUUUCGGCCAGAGUGGCCAGCUACGAGUUGACCAUCCUGCACACCAACGACGUGCACGCUCGGUUUGAACAAAUCAACAAGUACGGUGCGGACUGCAGCGUCGAUGACGCCGCAGCUGGAAAGUGCUUUGGUGGCGUUGCUAGGCGACACACGAAGAUCAAGGACAUUCGGAAUGGCCAUGACAAUGUGCUACUUUUAGACGCAGGUGAUCAGUUCAUGGGAACACUCUGGUUUUUCGUUCACAGAGGCAAUGCUACGUCAUACUUUAUGAAUCAGCUCGGAUAUGACGUCAUGUGUCUGGGAAAUCACGAAUUCGAUCUUGGAGUGGACCCAUUGGCUUCCUUUUUGGGUAACGUCAGUUUUGACGUCGUCAGUUCUUCCGUUGACGUCACGAAUGAACCGAAGCUUAGCGGACUUUUGACAAAAAGCGUCAUUAAGAACGUUGGGGGAGAAAAUAUUGGGGUUAUAGGUUACAUAACACCAGAAACCAAAAUUAUAUCCGAACCAGGACCGACGGUGACGUUUGAAGACGUCAUUAGCAGCGUUUCCGCGGAGGUGGCGGUCCUACAAUCUCAAAGCGUGACCAAGAUCUUGGCUUUGGGUCACGCAGGCUUUCGGAUGGAUCAGCAGGUGGCAGCAAUAGACGGAGUGGACGUUGUCGUCGGUGGACACACGGACACAUUCCUUUACACCGGAGAGCCCCCAUCCGACGAGACGCCCGAGGGUCUAUAUCCGGUCGUCGUCAGCCAGCCACGUGGUGGCCGAGCUCUCGUUGUUCAAGAUUUUACGUAUGGAAAAUACCUUGGUUACCUCAACGUCACAUUCAAUGCAAAUGGUGACGUAACUUCCUGGAGCGGAAACCCCAUACUACUUGACUCUUCUAUUGAACAAGACGCGGAUACGCUCCGGGAGCUGGCGACCUGGCGACUUCCGGUGGAUGAGAUUAAGCUGGAGAAGGUUGGCCUGUCGCUGGUUGAGUUAGACGGUCGGCGGGAGCACUGCCGCCUCCGAGAAUGCAACCUGGGUAACAUGCUUGCCGACGCCAUGAUCGACUAUUACGUCACUUCCGGUUACAACUUUUCUAACGAAGCCUGGGCGCCCGCGGCUAUUGCUCUCCAAGAUUCAGGCAGUAUAAGAAGCUCCAUCCAGAAAGGUAUGAUAACGGCUGGAGACGUCAAUAACGUACAGCCGUUUAGGAACGAAGUGGACAUGAUUCGAAUUAACGGAAGUAACCUACGUCACCAGCUCGAGAUCAGCGUUAGCGAAUAUGACGUCACAGAAAAGCAUGGGCGAUUUCUGCAGUUUUCAGGGUUAAAGGUGACGUACGACCUCCAACAGCCGGCCAUGCGGCGCGUCCAUGACGUGCAGGUGCGCUGUCUCACUUGCGCUGUGCCCAGUUACUCCCCAUUGCAGGAUGAAGUCAUUUACAACGUUCUACUCCCGACCUACCUCAUCAAGGGAGGCGACGGAUACCAGUUUGAGCCGAUCGAACAUCUUCGCUUCAAUACGCUUGACGUCGAAGUGACGUUUAAAUAUCUGGGUAAGCAUGGUCCUGUCUAUCCAGCCGAGGAAGGCCGAAUUACAUUCGUUACCAAGGAUACGGAUGCAGACCAAGUGGGAGGGGCACAGGGGCAGCAUGAUAGAAGCUCACUGGCCUUUGUGUUGUUAAGCGGAUUGUUAUUAAGUCUCGCUGAGAGGAUCUUCUAG